GAGAAUUUCUCCUCUUUUCCCUUUUCCACAAUGUGGAACAGUUCCAGGGCAGUAGCUGAUCAGGACACGCUUGGGCGGGAAGUGCCCGUCGCAGAUAGAAUCCUCACUGUGAGCAGCCAGCUUCUUCCGUCUCCCUCCUCGUCCAACCCCUCUGCCCAACCCACGGCACCGCUAAACGUCCCAAGUCGGGAGAGCUGCCCUAAGAUUCAAGUGUCCAUCAUCCUCCCUGUUCACAAUGCCGAGUACUGGUUGGAUGACUGUUUGAAGUCUGUUUUGGAGCAAGACUUUGAAGGCACCUUGGAGCUUUCUGUCUUUGAUGAUGCCAGUAAGGACAAGUCCAUGAAUAUAAUUAACAAAUGGAAGAUUAAGUUAGAAACUUUAGGCAUCAGAGUAGUGAUUGGAGGUCAUAAUUCCCCUUCUCCUCGGGGAGUUGGAUUUUCUAAAAAUCAAGCAAUAGCACAGAGUUCUGGAUCUUACCUUUGUUUUUUGGAUUCGGAUGAUGUGAUGAUGCCUCAGCGAGUGAGAUUACAAUACAAAGCUGCCAUUCAACAUCCAAACAGUAUUAUAGGGUGCCAAGUGAAGAGAGAACCCCCGAACUCAACUGAACGCUAUACUCGUUGGAUCAAUAAUCUAACAUCUAAGCAACUCAUCACUCAGGUUGAGGAGGUGGAAGAAGCUUUGAGAAGGUGGUACCUUCCCAAAAAGGUGUUCACUUCUUAUGGACCAACAGUGAUCAUGCCUACCUGGUUCUGCUCACAAGAAUGGUUUUCUCAAGUUGGAAAAUUUGAUGAGAGUGGUAAGGGUGUACCUGAGGACUUGUUAUUCUUUUAUCAUCAUCUCCGAAAGGGUGGUGGAGUCUUUCUAGUUGAACAGUGUCUUCUCCUCUAUCGAUACCAUCCAUAUGCAGCAACACAUUCAGUCCUAGAAAGCACCAUCUGGCAACACCGAGUCCAGUUUCUAGAAGAAAGAGCUCUUCAGCAUUGGACAUCAUUUACUAUCUGGAAUGCCGGCAAACAGGGAAGAAAACUGUAUAGAAGCUUAUCCCCAGUUAACCAGAAAAAGGUUGUUGCAUUUUGUGAUGUUGAUGAAAACAAGAUCAAGAAGGGUUUCUACUCUUAUGAAGACUCUGAGGAAAGACCCAAACCAAAAAUUCCAAUAAGGCAUUUCAAGGAUGCUGACCCUCCUUUUGUGAUCUGUGUAAAGCUGGAUCUUACUGGUGGGACAUUUGAAGAAAACUUGGAAUCGCUGAAUCUACAGGAAGGCCUAGAUUAUCUUCACUUCAGUUGACUGCAUUAAAAGCUACAAAGAUCCAGCUACAAAGGGCCCAAGAAAAUGGAAAUGA